AUGCUCUCUGAGAGCUUCAUUGCGUCACUUUUGACGUCCAAUGCUCCAUCCACAGCCUCCUCGUCGGCCCUGAAGGAUGUCGGCAUCUGCAGCUACGAGUUCCAGCCGAAUGCCUCCAUUCGCACGACGUUGAAGAAGAGCUCCACAGAUCCCAACUGUUUGGCUAUUAGUGCUUCUCACAUAUUUGCUGCACAGGCCGGCAAAGCUGUGGUUCAUGUGUAUAGCCGGGAGCGGGAAAAUCAAGAAGCUACGGUUCCUUUCCCGGAGAAAAUACGGAGUCUCGCCAUUACGGGAGGAGAGAACGAAGGGGCUGCAGUGCUAGUACUGGGAACCGAGGGUGGGAGGUUGAUCCUGUGGGAGAUAUGUACAGGGCGGCAGGUUUCUACCCCUGCUGCGCACUUGCAACCCGUCACCUCCCUGGUUGUAGAUCCAACGAACAAUUUUAUCAUCUCCGGCUCUGAAGAUGGAAGCGUACAUGUGUGGUCUUUGCCUGGCCUAGUUUCGUUCUCGAAACCUCAUUCUGCUGGCCAGAGUCUUUCUCCCUCCAAUUCGCCCGUUCGUACCAUCUCCAACCACUCCGCUCCAAUCACAGACAUCGCCGUUGGCCAUAGCAUCAAUAGGAGCAAUAUUGCCAUAUCCACUUCAAAAGACCGGACGGCUAUUGUCUGGGAGUACCGAACCGGUAAAAUAUUACGCACCUUUCUGUUACCCGGAGACCCUCUCCGCAUUACAAUUGAUCCGGCGGAUCGAGCCUUUUACAUUGGAUAUGACGAUGGGAGCAUACAACUUGUCGACUUCUUCAAAGGCUCUUCGAUCCAAAAUAUUCUUUACGAUACCAACCAACAACAAACUCCCUGUCAGCUUUCUGCCAACGAUCGUUGGCUUCCACCUUCUCCGGCACUUGGGGCGGUAGAAUGCCUUACACUAUCAUAUGAUGCGACUAACCUGCUCUCAGGUCACCGUGGGGGUUCAGUGGUGGCUUGGGAUAUUGCUAAAGGUAGAUUCGCGUCAACCAUCACGACAUUCAAUUAUCCGGUCACAGAUAUACACAUGCUUCAGCCAACGGGCCUGCCUAAAGUUGGCCGGCGAUUAGCCAUUCACAACAUUGUCAAGCCGAGGUAUGAUCCCGAGCUUCUGAAUACGCAGUCUCUUGGGGAUACUGUUCCUCCAAGCUACUCGUUGACUGCGCACCUCACCCGGCCUAUAUCAGCCAGCAAUGCAACGCCCACCAUAGAUGAAUUCAGCGAGGCCCUUUCCCACCAAUUCUUUCCAUCUAGCCUUAUAUCCGAAGGCCUCGCUGAACUACAAACUCUCCGUACAGGCCCAGUAACCUCGUCGGUCACGCAGGCCCAAAACGAAACUCGUGGCGAGUUAUCACAAUCUGACCACUAUUCUCGCAUUUUUUCCCUUGAAGAUGAGGUUCAUGCACUCAAACGCCAGCUUUCCCUUCAGGAAUCUGCGCGUCACGCUAAUAUGGCCCAAAUUGUCAAGCUCCGGGAGCACCUCGCCGGUCUAGAAGAUCUCAACAAUGACCUCCUUGACAAACAGGACAGAGCGCAGCAAUUGAAGCUCAAGAAGCAAGCCGCAAAAGAUGAGAAGGGAUUGAAACGGAGAGAGGCGUGGUUUAAGGCGGAGAAAAAGGGGAAGAACGGUGAUGUGGCCAUGAGAGAGAUAGAAGAUGACGAUGGUGAUGACACAAGCGAUGGUGACGAGCUGAGCAGCGAGGACUGA